AUAUCCUUGGAGCAGCAAAAUUUUUCCCUUUUCUCAGUGGACUCAAAGGUGCACCAAAGCAUAUCAGGCAGCAGGACAUAUAUGGCCUUAGCAAAAAGUACUUUGGAUUCCCCAGAAAACAGUUUUCUUCAAACGGUUUUAUCAUCGGUCACCACUCCCCUUGAUGUGACUUUAUUUAACCAAGGCGAAGCGGUCAGGAGCUCAGAAGGGGUAGGUCGCCCACCCGUGCGUGUCUCCGUAACCAGCAACGAAGCCUUCCUAAGCGACGACCAAUUCACUAGCUCCUUUCCAAAGGAGCAGUGGACUCCGCUGCCCAAGUCUUUUGCGGUUUUAACAGCUCAUCACUCAGUUAAUACAAUCGAGCCACCAAAAGACACGUUGGAAACUGUGUUGCUAGCGCCUUCAUUAUCAGGCUCCUCUUUGCCAUAUGAUAUGGAAACAGCACUGCAAAAGACCCCGCUAAGUGCUGUCUCUGAAGGCGGUAACAUACUUACAACAUUACAGCCUUUUGUACAAGGUAGUGAAGUUUUAACUGCAAGCAGAGACUUGCUGUUGCACUCUCCAAACACAGAUAUUUAUUUCACUCCCAUUCCUUCAGAAGAGGUCGUUGCAGGUUGGGAGAACAUCAGUAAGAGUUUAGCAUCUUUGCCUUCGGGGGCCACUUCAGAAGGGUCAGCCAUUCUUAGGCUGCUGGAUGAAACCAGCCAUAUUGCAGCACAGGCUACAGCAGACCCACAUGAUGACAUUUACACUGACGUGGAUAGCAGGGCAACAGGAGCUGUCAGCCGAGGGACCCAUCCCUCUUCCAGUGUUCCCUGGGCCAGCCCUGUUUCCACCAGCAGUGCCAAGCCUGCUUUGUUUCCAAUCAGUCUUCCACUUGCAUCUCUCCCGGUUUCCUCCCCUGCCAUGUUCAGUGACACUGACAUGGUUCUUAAUGGCAACCUGUUUACACAUGGAUUCUCCAGUACAGCACCAAGUUUGCCUGCCAGUUCCCAAACACUGAGUCAGUCUGAGCUUUCCAACGAGCUCAUAAGCCCAGUGCCUUUCACUAGAGCAUCCGUGUCUUGUUUGUACUGUGACUCGGUUUCCCUGGCGGAGCCAGGCUUUUCUGUGGAGCAUGAGGUGGGCUCAGGUGACUACGUUGAAACUUUGUCUCUGCAAGCCUCCGAAGUAAAAGGUUUAAGCCCAUUUACAACCGUAAUAGCUGAUGUUUAUGAAUUAGAGGAGCCUACACCUGAAACUUUUGAUACUUCUUUUCCAUCAAGACCUGUUGUUUCAUUUUCUUCAAGAUUCGCAGAAAUCCCUGAGUCAACCAUGUUUCUAUUAAGCACUGUGGAUGCUGUCAUUAACGACAUAAUGCCUACAGCAAUUCUUCCUUCUUACAGUCAGCUCUCUGGAGGAAUGGCUUUGAACGUCUCCUCUGCUCAGUUUUCCUUCCCUGUUAUGAAAACUCUUCUGUUAACACCGAGCAUUAGUGUAGAUCUUCCUGAUACUCCGUUUGAAUCUACCUUCACCUUGAGGGAGCCAGAACCAUCCUUUGCAGUCAGUCAUAUGACUGUUCUGGAGUCACUAGAAUUUACACCAUCAGAAUCUUUAGUUUUGCUUGACAAGACAUCGGCAAGGGAAGAAUCACCUGUAAAUAUCACGGAUUUUCCAUACAGCCCUCUAUCAACACCGUUUCUUUUUGAACCUAGCUACUUGUCUUCAUCAGCAGCAGCCAUACAAACUUCUUACUCUCUCAUGCCAAGUGAUUUAGCAACACUAUUACCUCAGACCUUGUUGACUGGAACAUCAGCACUUCCUGGGGAUGCUUCCAGUUGGGACUCAGCUACCCCUGUCAGCACAGACACUGAGACUUCUCAGCUCCCUCUCUGGCAAAUGUCAUACUUUUCUUCAAAUGCGUCCUCUGUUCCAGGGACCCAGGUUCCCGAAAUAAUGCCAUCGUCACAUUUUCACUCGGACUCAUCUGUAUUUCUGGAAGCAACAUCCAUGUUGCUGAUGGAUUCUGAAGUUUUGUUUACCUCAGCUUUUACAGGAGCUACCUCUGCGUUAGAGUCUUCACUCUUCUCUUCUCAACCAGUGGUUCCUACCCCGGUGCUGUCCAUAGCUGACACCGAGUCUGUAACCAGCAGCAUCUCGCUCAAUGAAACAAAUCUGGUCUCCUUGUUUACUACCUUUCCUACAACUCCUGUCUUAAAUGUAUCUUCAUCUCUACUGUCAACUGUUCUAGCUCCUGAUGAGGAUACUGGUGCUACAGGUAACCCCACGUUGCUUUUAACAUCCUACCCUGAGGUCAGUGCUAGCACUGCACUUCCUACUGUGGAUCCUGACAAUCUCACCUCACAGAGCGACGUGAGCGGCAUCAUGCCCUCUCCUGCAGAAUCUGUAUCAGUGACCCCGUCAUUUGUCCCCACACAAUCCCCUCCGUCUCCGAUCACUCCCACGGGAUACGACGUUCCGCAGAGAACUGGUGUAGCCGAUGGUGCUGAUGCAACGCAUGCUGUCCCCACCACUGCCACGAGUGCUGUGAGCAGCCGUGGCACCACAGCUACAGAGAGCAGCCCAGAUAUGUUCUCGUCCCCUCCUUUGGCCGCCACCACUGCGUCUGCAGCCACGUUUGUAACCCCUGCCACGACCACGACCGUGACCACGACCAGGCCGCCGUACGUCUGCGACAUCACGGUUCCCGACACGUACCUGGUCACUGCUGUGCUGGCCCGAAGAGCCGUUCUACAAAAUGUCAGUGAAGCCAUCAGAGAAGUGCUCAGAGUUCAGUUCAGGCGCCCGGUGGAGCUGGAGGUUUAUAAAAUAUCCCCCAGAUUUGCUUUCUUGGUGACGUCGGGUCCUUUUGUUUACACGGCAGUGGCUGUCAUAAACGUGCUUAUGAACAGUAGUCUUCUUCGUGGUCAGGCCCCCCUCAUCCUCUCCCUGCACCCUUCUUUCACUGUGCCGGAUAACAGAUUCCAAGUGCAGACAGUGCUUCAGUUUGUGCCUCGGAAUGUGGACGUUGGGUUCUGCAACUUUAGCCAGCGCAUUGAGAAAGGGCUGACAAUGGCAUUCAUGGAGGUGAGCAAACACCACCAGGACUUCUACAACUUCACUGUGCAGAUAUUGAAUAUAACUCUGAGCAGGGCUGGGGCAGCAUUUCGGCAGGGCCCUGUCAGCAUUGUUUUUGCCAUCCGAGAUAAAUAUGGUUUCCUAAACGGGUCCGACGUCAGCGAGCAGCUAAGGAACUUGUCUGUGGUGGAAUUCAGCUUCUAUCUCGGCUUUCCCGUGCAGCAAAUUGCUGAACCUUUUCACUAUCCUAAGCUUAAUGUGUCGCAGCUGAUGAAAUCUUCCUGGGUGAGAACAGUUCUCUUGGGCGUCGUGGAGCAGCGGAUUCAGGAGGAAGUGUUUCAGGCCGAGAUGGAGCGGAAACUGGCUCACCUGCUAAACGAGGCCUUGGCCCGAGGGCGGAUUUGGAGACGAGCCAGCUUUGCAGGCAGCAACGUCGUGCAGAUUGUGAAUGUGUCACGAUUAGAUGGCACUGAUAACCCUGUGGAGCUGAUCUAUUUUGUGGAGGAUCAAGACGGAAAGAGACUCAGUGCUCUGAAAUGUUCGGAUCUCAUGAACAGGGUUGACAUCCAGCGAGCUGCGAUCAUCCUUGGAUACCGCAUUGAAGGCACCGUUGCACAGCCUCUGGAAAAGCUGAAGGGGUCGUCCUCCGAGGCACAGAACAGCAACCUGUGGAUUAUUGUUGGCGUGGCCGUCCCCGUUGCUGUAGUGCUCCUGAUCGUCAUUAUUUUGUACUGGAAACUUUGCCGGACAGACAAGCUGGAGUUUCAGCCAGACACAAUGAGCAACAUUCAGCAACGACAGAAGCUACAGGCCCCCAAUGUGAAAGGCUUUGAUUUUGCUAAGCAGCAUUUGGGCCAGCACAAUAAAGAUGAAGUCCUGAUUAUCCAUGAGCCGGCUCCUUUACCAGGACCUAUUAAGGAUACUACCCCAUCUGAAAAUGGAGAUGUGCCCAGCCCCAAGUCCAAGACUUCCUCAAAGCCUUCAAAGACCGUUCGACACAGAGGGAGAAUUUCUCCGUCAGACGCUGACUCCACAGCAAGUGAACAGUCCAGUGGGAGAGAGACAGGGGAAGAAACUGCAAGACCAUCAGCAGCAACAAAUGAGGGCAAACCACGCAGAGCAGUGAAGAAAGGCCCUCCUCAGAGCAGCAGUGGAAAUGAGCAGCACUCCUCAGCCUCUAUCUUCGAACACGUGGAUAGGAUGUCGCGGUCCUCGGAUGCCAGCAGAAGGGUCCCCAGCAAGAUCCAGCUGAUUGCUAUGCAGCCCAUGGCAGCGCCUCCAGUGCAGAACUCCAUACUUUCUGAUCGAGUAGCAGAAACCAACAAAAUUAACAAAGAGAUACAGACAGCCCUAAGGCAUAAAUCUGAGAUUGAGCAUCACCGCAAUAAGAUUCGUCUUCGCGCCAAGCGCAAAGGGCACUAUGAGUUUCCAGUGGUGGAUGAUGUGGUGGUGGUUGACUCCAAAGAACAGCACAGAAUAUAUCGUAAGGCACAGAUGCAAAUUGACAAGAUCUUGGACCCUGGAGGCAACGUGCCGACUGUCUUCAUAGAGCCCAGGAAGAGUUCUCGUGCGAAACGUUCCCCCAAGCAGCGCCGACGGCACCAGCUGAACGGCAGUCCCCUUGACGCGGAGAAGGACAGGCUGAUCACAACGGACAGUGACGGCACCUACAAAAGGCCUCCAGGAGUCAAUAACUCUGCAUACAUUUCUGAUCCAGACUUGCCUCCUGAACCUCAGACGUCUUCUUCAGCUGACCUUGGGAAGUUUCCUGCCUUGCCUUCCCACCCCAUCUCCCAGUACAUCCCACCGCAGCCGUCCAUCGAAGAGGCUCGGCAGACCAUGCACUCUCUGCUGGAUGACGCUUUUGCCCUCGUGGCUCCCAGUAGCCAAGCAGCCAAUUCCACUGCUGUCACAGCUCCCGGGGUCUCUGCAGGACAGCCGGGAAGCAGCACUCCCGCUCGAGCAGGGAGGGCAUCAACUAACGGUCCCGCUCAGGCAGUAAACAACCCAUUUAAUAGGUAUGUGGAAUUUGGAAUGACUCCGCCAACAGCACCAGGCCUCCUACCAAGACAGAACUUUGGGCCAGGUUUUCUUCCGCCUGCAGAGUUAAUGCACGCGGAGCAGCAAGCGCCCGAGGCUCAGUAUCCCUCCAGAGGGAUGUACGCGGAAGAAGCGCCCUCGGUGGCACGACCACGGCCAGUCGGAAGCACUGCAGGUUCUCAGAUACAGCACCUCACUCAGGUGGGAAUUGCUAGCAGGAUCGGAGCUCAACAAGUGGAGAUCCCCUCAGGCAGAGCAGGGCAUGGCCAGCCGGGGGGGCCAGGGUGGCCCCAGUGCCGUGGAGAGGAGGAGUGUGCUAGGCGAGAUGCAACGCAUAUGCAUGGACACCAAGAAUAUUCCUCCUCACCAGUAUUCCAGAUGCCGAGGACUUCAGCCAGGCAGCCUUCGGCACCCCCUGCUCAGCUUCCACACAACAGCCUUCAGGGCCAGGGCCUUUGCUACACCACCAGUUCCACUGAGGACCUCCAGCCGGGUCACUCUUCAGCCUCUCUUAUAAAAGCAAUUAGAGAAGAACUUCUACGACUUUCUCAGAAACAGGCAACAGUGCAGAACUUCCAUAGUUGAUUUAGCAUUCUCUUGCAAAUCUGCCUCGUAUCUGCUUCCUAUGGAAGUAAAGAGUUAAAGGAAAUCAGCAAUGUUAUUCUCUCAAAAGAAUGAACUCUCACAACUCUUUUGACAGCACUCUGGAAAAAAAGAAAAAAGCUGCAAAAUGAGGAUAGUAAGGGGAGCCUGGAGAGAAACAGGGGAAGUCAUCAGCGUCAUUGCAAGCAGUUCAAUCAGCAAAUAUUAUGGUGCUUCUCCUCUCUCCCCACCCUCAUUCAACCUAACAAACAAAACUUACGGUCAAGAAGUCAACCCUCCAACAACAAAAAAAUCACAGGAACAAAGUCCAAGCAUAGUAGACUCCUUUUUCUAAGGAAAAAGGCAAAGGUUUGCAUGAACUGAGAUGACAUUUUGCAAGAGGUUACAUGUAUUCUGAUCUCUCCAGUGUUUAUGGGGAACUGUUUUGUGUUGCUGUUCUUCAGGAUGACUGUAUCAAAUCUGGGGUGUUGAAGGUGCGAUCCCACGUAAGAAUCACUUUGGUUGACAAUAACAAUAGGACUACUUAGAAUAAAAGGAUUUUUGAGCAACUUCUAACAAACUGGAACAGUAAUUGUUAUAGGUUUGUGCUUCCGAAUGGAGCUACCCUCUUCACUCUUCCUUGUUUUCCUUCUGGUGCUGAAGCUUCAAGUGUUCCUUCAUCUUCAAUGUUUGCAAAGUGAAACAUUGGCCUUGUAUAACUAAGAAAAUACUUGUAGACUCAUUCAGGCUGGAAAAACAAAGCAAGACAUCCAAACAGAAAAGGCUUGGUAUUUAUUUUGUUUAAAAUUAUUGAAAGCUAGGUGAGAAAUACUUAGCCAUGACUGAAUUUGGGGAAUUGUGUAUGUAUAUCUUUAAAAAAUAUAUUUACAAACGAUACGCUCUUGUAAAACCAGUGAUAAAAUAUUGCCACUGUGUAGUUUGCUUUGUGUACAGAAAGCAAGCCAGCCUGACUGGUACAGGGUCACCAGCAUUAAGUUAUAAAUUGAUGUCCUAAAUCAUUACUUAUGUUUGGAUCUGAAUAAUUUUAGUGAAAGUCAGUGACAGUUUAGAGCAUUAACAUAGGCUUAGAUUUGCAGUUUUGAGACAUUUUCUAUAUUUAUACCUGUUUCCACUGUCCCUUGGGACAAAGGGUAAGCAUUAUCCCCAUGGUAAGAAUGGUACGUGCCAUGGAGCUGUUUGUCACUUUUUUUUUCCAGAGUUUUAAUUUAAUAUUAGCUAUGAAUUUACUAAUACUUGGCCAUUGCAUAACUGUAACUGACAUAAUACAUGUGAGAAUUUUAA